GCUCUGUCCCGCCCCUCGCUCUGUGUUUACAUCGGGCAGGAGGAGCCGGGCACUCCGCAGCCGUCGCGUCCCGCUCCGUGCGCUGCUGCGCCCCGAGCUGCGGGAGGGCAAGAGCGCGCCGGCAUGAAGGGACCCAGCUCGGAAACACAGAUGGUGGAAGAUGAAGCAGACACAACCAGUGAAGAACUGCCCCCUCAUCUGCAGGAGGAGCCUCCUGAAGACUCCAGCAAGGACCAUCCACAACAGCAGGCGGGAGUGCUCUGGAGAGUGACGGGAGGCUUGUUCAGCAUCACGCGGGGAGCUGUGGGGGCGACAUUGGGAGGAGUUGCUUGGGUUGGCAGCAAGAGCCUGGAACUCACCAAAACAGCUGUGACCAGCGUCCCUGCCGCCAGUGUUGGACUGGUAAAGGGCGGCGUCUCGGUGGUGACCAGCGGCGUGGGAGCUGUGGGCAGUGCCGUUGCCAACAAAGUCCCUUUCACCACAAAGAAGAAGGACAAGGCUGACUAACCCAGAUUGCAGCUUCCUUACAAAAGAUCAGUCCAUACGCUCCCUCUCCACAGCACCUCUUCAGAUUGGAAACAGCCGCCACAGGGAGGGGGCAAAGCACCAGUGCAGACUCCAGCUGCAGCCCGCUCAGCACCACCUGCCUGGCUCAGAGCUCACAGAGUCACUGCAAAUUCCUUUCACUCCUGUCUCCUACUGGGGGCCCACUCUCCUCCGAGGGCUUUGUAGGCACAGCUGUCUCUCCCCUGCAGUUUCCUUCCCCUUUCUUACUCUCCCGAGCCCAGAGGAGUGGGAGUGGGAGUGGGCACUGGGCGAUGGUAGGGGGUGGGUGGGAAGAACUGUGCUCCAGCAUGAAGCCCACACAUGCUCCUGAUGUUCCUUUCAUUGUAUUUAGUUAGGGUUCAGCUUCAGGCCCCUGGGGGGUAUUCUUAAGAUUUGCUGGGGGAAAUGGGGGAUUGUUAUAAGAAAGUCCCAUUAACAUGAAGAAGAGAUACUGUGGCUAACGAAGGCUUGUUCCUCCCUCAGAGAAAUGGAGGGGAGUACCCAUAUCCCUUUGUCUAUAGGUCUAUAGGUCUCAGUCCCCAAGCUGGUCCUCCCAGCUCUGCACUCAGGCUGUGCGCGCCCUUGGAAGAGGGAACCCUCAGGCCUAGCAGAGCAGCUCUCAUGGUGAUAUCACACGAGUAUGUUGUACAAACUGGAGCAGAUUUGGAGGAGGAAAUCUCUGUCUGUCGCCUGGGGGGACAGAGUACCAGGUCACCAUAGUGCCAGAGGCACCAUUGCAACGUUACAGCAGGGAGGCCAAGCCCCUAUAAUGUUAUAGCAGGAGGCAGCACUGCUGCCAUAAUAUUAUGGCAAUAGGCAGCCAGUGCAGCUUCAGCAGUAAGGGGCACCAAUGCUUUUGUCACAGGUGAUGCAAACUUGGCCUUAAUGUAAGCUGGUGCAACCUGCUGAAGUCAUUGCCGUUUCUCCCAUGCACAGCAGAGUCAGUUUGGCUCCAUGCCUUGCUCACGGUACCGCUCCUCAGCCGUGUUAAAGAACAUAUGUUUUAAAGGUGGGGACCCUGGUUUGCCUCCAUGGGAUGUAAUGUUAAACCCUGGCAAAGCAUGUUCCUGAACCUCAUUUGAGUCCUGCAGUAGGGGUUAGCCUACGCCACCAUUCUUACUAUGGCUUGGCACCUCAAAGAACAGCUCCCUGAGGUGUGGUGGCAUCAUUGUGAGUACACAAGCCUGCUUUAGAGAGUGAUUUCCCUGGAUUAGUGAGAGUACACUCCAAAACAGGUGAGCGUAGAGCUAAUGUGCACAACGCAUCAGCAAUUCGUACGCCACACACUACUCAUGGGGUUCCAGCCUGCCUCAGUGGAACGGGCAUGUGAUGCCAAAUAGCUCAGCAAAAACCCAGAAACUAAGUCUGCUGCUGCCUCUCCAUCCUAACCCACUCAUGGUGUUCCAGGUGUCACAUGAUUCUCUCUCUCUCUCUCUCUCUCUCCCUGAGUCCCCUGCAAUCCCCAGGAUUAAUGGGAUAAGGAAAGCCCCAGGUUCCAGCAUUAACUCUGCCUUUCCUGGCUUUUGUCAGGUUUUUUGCCUAGAUUGUUAGGUUUUGGGGUCCGUAGAAAAGUGACGCAGUGUUUGCAAUGUAUUUUAUAAAUAUGCAUCUAUAUUAGCAUGUGUGUAUGUAAUCUGCAGUACACAGGCAUGUUUUCAACCAGGUAAACUAACCUGUGCUACUGCUGCGGACCUGUUUACAUAUUCAGCUUCGGCAGUUCCAGCAUAUCGGUUUUUACAUAGGGACGCUGUCCGAAGAAAAAGAAUGUUUUAGAAGAUGGUUUUCCCCGUGUCGCCUAAUACUUAGUUUAUUAAAACCAAAAGAAUGUUUAAAAAUCUCCUUUACUUUCUCCCCCUACUGCUCUUUGUUUACUUGUUGCCCUUGGCUCCUUUUGGAAGUUCCUGGUGCUGGUCAGUUUCUUUUCCUGGUUCCUGUGCUGUAGCAAUGAUGCUAUGAUUGUCUCUGACACCAGGAAAUAAAUACAAGGAAAAAACCCUUUUCACUUAA